CUGACGGUCUAAAAAUCUAUUUCAACAGCCCUUACGCCGGUGGUGCUAUCUUUUUAUUUGUUUUACAUGACCCCUAUCUCCGGUCCGGCCAUUCAAAAUCUGCAUCAACGUUUGCAUAUGAAUUUAGAUGUUCUAUGAUUUGACUCUUGGUUGGAUAGUAGGUGGCUUGUGAUAUUCUGCUGAAUUUGAAUUCAUUGCAGGAAUUUAUCGCAUGGCGUUGGUGUAGGCUAUAAAGCAGUGAUGUGUUUCUAUAUUGUGAAACAAUUGCAAAUGUUUUGGAUGCAUACAUGAAAUUUAGAGGCUGUUUUUUUCAAUUCAAAAAACUGUUAAUUUAGCAAAUAGAAAUGCUUUGCUCUCCAUCCUCAGGGCUCCACCUUCUUCCUCACCAUAGAAACGCUCACUCACCCACUUCACAAAACCCUACACCUGACCUUCUCUACAACUUCAACACCCCAUUUGAGCUCAAACAAGUCCAUGCCCACCUCAUCAAAACCAACACUCCCCUUUCCAUUCUCCCUCUCUCUCGGGCCGCCUUUGUUUGCGCUCUCACACCUAGUUUCGCUUACGCCCAACGAAUCCUUGAGCGCGAGGAAAAGCCUGAGAUUGUUUUCUGGAAUUCGUGCUUGAGAACCUUUGCAGAAGGCGAUUCUCCUAUUGAUGCAAUCUUGCUUUUCUAUAAAUUGCGCCAGUUCGAUGUUUUUCCUGAUAAUUUCACUUGUUCUUUUGUUCUCAAGGCAUGCACGAAUUUAUUGGAUAUUUUGAAUGGUAGAAUUGUUCAUGGUUAUGUGGAGAAACUUGGGUUGCAGUCGAAUUUGUUUUUGCAAAACAUGAUUGUUCAUUUGUAUGCUUUGUGCGGAGCGAUAGGGGAUGCUCGGCUGUUGUUUGAGAAAAUGUCGCAGCGAGAUGUAGUGACGUGGAAUAUAAUGAUAAGCCAAUUGGUGAAGAGGGGAGAUAUUGAGGGGGCUUAUGAUUUGUUUUCACGGAUGCCCGAUAGAAGUGUGAGGUCAUGGACAUCAAUGAUUGCAGGCUACGUCCAAUGUGGGAAGCCUAAGGAGGCUAUUCAUUUAUUUAUGAGGAUGGAAGAGGCAGGUAUGAGGCCGAAUGAGUUGACAGUGGUGGCUGUUCUUGCAGCUUGUGCUGAUUUGGGUGCCUUGGAUUUGGGAAGGAGGGUUCAUGAGUACUCAAACCAAAGUGGGUUUAGGAGAAAUGUUCAUAUUUCUAAUACUUUGAUUGAUAUGUAUCUCAAAUGUGGAUGCUUGGCAGAUGCUCGUAGAGCUUUUGGGGAAAUGGAAGAACGAACUAUUGUGUCGUGGUCAGCCAUGAUUGCUGGGCUUGCAAUGCAUGGGCAAGCUGAGGAAGCUUUGAGACUCUUCUCUGAGAUGAUUCAGAUAGGGGUGAAGCCAAAUGAUGUAACCUUCAUUGGACUAUUGCAUGCUUGUAGCCACAUCGGAAUGAUAGACAAGGGACGUGAAUUUUUUGGGAGCAUGACUAGAGAUUUUGGGAUAAUUCCCAGAAUCGAGCAUUACGGUUGUAUGGUUGAUCUAUUCAGUCGCGCAGGCCUUCUUCAAGAAGCCUACGAGUUUAUUAUGAACAUGCCUAUCAAACCCAAUGGGGUUGUGUGGGGAGCUUUGCUUGGUGGAUGCAGAGUUUACAAAAACAUUGCGCUGGCUGAGGAAGCAAUCCGACACCUUUCUGAACUGGAUCCGCUUAAUGAUGGAUACUACGUGGUGUUGUCAAACAUUUAUGCAGAAGCAGAACGGUGGGAAGACACUGCAAAAGUGAGAAAGUUUAUGAAAGAUCACGGGGUGAAGAAAACACCCGGGUGGAGUUCAAUCAUGGUAGACGGAGUGCUGCAUGAGUUUGCUGCCGGCGACGAGUCCCAUCCUCAAGCUGAGGAGAUAUUCCAGAUGUGGGGAAAACUACUUCAAAAAAUAAAGCUAAGAGGAUACGUGCCAAAGACUUCAGUUGUACUACUGGACAUAGAAGAGAAUGAGAAGGAGAAAUUUCUGUUUCGCCAUAGUGAGAAAUUGGCACUGGCUUUCGGGUUGAUGAAAACACCGUCCAGAAGGCCAAUUAGGAUUAUGAAGAAUCUUCGUGUUUGUGAAGACUGCCAUGCUGCUUUCAAACUCAUCUCAGAGAUAGUUGAUCGAGAGAUAGUUGUGAGAGACAGGAAUCGGUUCCAUUGUUUCAAAGAUGGUUCUUGUACUUGCAGGGAUUAUUGGUAGGGAGUGGCUGAGGCUCCUCAUGGUGAACAUUAUUAUUAUUAUUAUUUUUUGAUAAGUCCUCAUGGUGAACAUUAUAUUUGCUAUUUUGUAUCGUUUCUAAAUGAGUUGCAUCUUAUAUCAAAGAAUUA